CAUAAUUGUUGCAGGAAGAAUCUAUUUAUGUUGUGCCUCCAAAGGAAAAAUUUAGGGAAAUAAUUGUAGGAAAAACUCCGAGAAGAUGAGCAAAAAGUUAUUUUCCAUUUAAACAUAUGCUUCAAAAUGUCAGUUAUCAUUGGAGCCGUACGAGAUUUCUUAUUAAGGAAAGAAUAUUACAGCAGUACCAAGCUAUGUGGGAAAACAGUCAUCAUUACAGGAGGAAACGCUGGUAUAGGCAAAGAAACAACGUUGGAUUUGGCUGCUAGAGGUGCGAAGAUCAUCAUGGCUUGUCGAGACGUCGAGAAAGGGAAAAUUGCCGCUGUCGACAUACAGAAGCAGGUACAGAAUGCCAAUAUCAUCGUGAGGCAUUUGGACCUCGCCUCCUUCACUUCCAUUCGGAGGUUCGCGGAGGGGAUAUUGAUGACGGAACCUUACAUCCACAUCCUCAUUAACAAUGCAGGUGUUAUGGCCUGUCCCCGGCUCAAGACCACCGAGGGCUUCGAGAUGCAGUUCGGGGUCAACUACCUCGGCCACUUUUUCUUGACGAAUCUUCUCCUGGACAGGAUGAAAGAAUCAGCCCCUGCGAGGAUUAUUAACAUUGGCUCCAUUGCUCAUAUACUUGGUAAAAUACACUUUAGUGAUAUCCAUCUGGAGCGUGGAUACAACUCAGUACUAGCUUACUGUCACAGCAAAUUAGCAAUCGUCCUGUUCACACGAGAGCUGGCCAAAAAUCUCAAAGGCACAGGUGUGACAACUUAUUGUGUGGAUCCAGGUCCAACAAGUACGGACCUAUUUCAAAAUGUGUCCUCAAAAGUCAGUUGUAUUGCGUAUCCUUUCUCAAUAUGCAGAGGUGUAACGUAUAAGAGCCCAAAGAAAGGAGCGCAGACCAUCAUCUACUGCGCAGUGGAAGCAUCCUUAGCCGAAGAGUCCGGUCUAUAUUACUGCGGUUGCAGAAAAGUUCGACCUUCAUCGAGAGCUAGGGAUGAUGUUUUAGCCAAACGAUUAUGGGAUUUCAGUGAAAAUCUCAUUGCUACUGUCGGCUAACAUCAUACAAAAUCCUGUAACUUCGCCACAAUGACUAUUAAUAUUAAUGAUUUAAAAUAUGCUAUCAUGGAAUUUCAUCUGGCUGUAAAUAAAUGUUAUCAUUCGUUCUGCAAA